CCUCCUCCUCUUCCUCCUCCCCCUUUGCUCGCUCCACGACCCUCGCCGCCGGCCUCUCGCCCCCAACGCCGCACCACCGACCAACCGAGGCGAUCCGCCCCUCCUCCGUCCACCUAGAGGAAAACCAGAAUCCCUCUCCUUCCGAGUCCCCCGGCGCGCGCGGAGAUGAUCUCGUCGAUAACCUGGGUGCCGAGGGGCGCCGCCAAGAGCGUCCCCAUCGAGGCGGAGCCGCCCACGCAGGAGGAGAUCGAUGAGGCCAUCAAGAGCAUCACCUUGGGCGAGGGGAGUGACGCCGACGACGCCGAAGGCGAUGACGACGACGCCGAGAUGGAGUUGGACGGUGCUGACGGCGAGGAGGUCGACGAGGUCGCCCAGGCCAAGGCCGCCGCCAAGGCGCUCGGGAAGAGCGGUUCGGGCGCCAUUGGCGAUGUUACUGAUGGGCUCGCGGAGCUCAACAUGGACGCCUACGAUGACGAGGAGGAAGGGCUUGAGAUUUUCAGCAAAGGGUUGGGAGACCUGUACUAUAAAAACAAUGAGGACGACCCUUAUAUAAUCAAGAACAAAGAUGAUGAUGGUGAUGAUAGCGAUAGUGAGAUUGAAGACAUGACUAUAAAGCCUACUGAUUUGGUGAUUGUGUGCGCGCAUAAUGAGGAUGAAUUCAAUUCUCUUCAGGUAAGUAUAGUGGAAGAAUUGGAGGACGGGGAACCUAACAUGUUUGUUCAUCAUGAGGUUCCGCUCUCAGAUUUUCCACUAUGCACGGCUUGGAUGGAUUUCAACCUUAAGGAUGGCGACAAAGGGAAUUUUAUAGCUGUUGGCACCAUGGAUCCUGCAAUUGAAAUAUGGGAUUUAGACAUAGUUGAUGAGGUCGAACCACAUGUUGUGCUAGGAGGGCAUCCAAAAAAGCAGAAAAAAGUGAAGGGAAAAAAGGUGAAAAAGUACAGGAAGGGAAGCCAUAGAAGUUCUGUGCUUGGCCUUGCAUGGAACAAGGAGGUGAGGAAUGUUCUGGCUAGUGCAAGUGCAGACAAAACUGUUAAAAUUUGGGAUGUAUCUGCUGGUAAAUGUGUAGUCACGCUGCAACAUCAUGAUGACAAGGUUCAAUCAGUUGCCUGGAGCCGACAGUCACCUGAACUUCUUCUCAGCGGAUCUUUCGACAAAUCAGUUGCCAUGAAUGAUUUGAAAGAUGGUGGACAAAAUUGUCAUAAAUGGUCUGUCGAAGCAGAUGUAGAAAGCUUAGCUUGGGAUCCACACAAUGAACACUCGUUCAUGGUGAGUCUUGAAAAUGGGAUGGUUCAAGCAUUUGAUAAGCGGACAGCUUCAUCAAAUUCAAAUUUUGGCCAGCCCAUGUUUACUCUCCAUGCACACGAAAAGGCUGCUUCUUCCAUAUCCUUCUCCCCAUCUACCCGUAACUUUCUUGCUACAGGUUCAACUGAUAAAAUGGUGAAACUCUGGGAUUUGUCAAACAACCAGCCUUCAUGCAUUGCUUCGCUGAACCCAAAACUUGGUGCUAUUUUCUCGGUAUCAUUUUCAGAUGACAACCCCUUCUUGUUAGCCUGCGGAGGAGCAAAAGGCAAAUUGAAAGUCUGGAAUACAAUAACGGAACCGGCAGUCACUAAUAUGUCAAAUAGAAAGAUGUUGCAACAUGGGGUUGGCCCUUCGAAGACUCCUUGAGACUUGGAUCUGCCAAAGUUGCCGGCUCAUGUUUCCGGCUGUUUGUGAGGAUAGAUUUUACAUGUUACGGCGACGGUUUUGUCCAUGCGAUUAGAGUCCCUCGUGUUGUUAGAACGACUGAAAUGGAAGCAUGGGUUAUGUAUUAUCUAUUUUUGGCGAAAUGAAAUUGCAGUGGAGCUCA